AUGAAAUCCGCCAUUGGAUCCAGCGCGGGCCUCAUCGCCUUCUCGGCGUUGAUGACGAUCGCUCAAGCGGAGGAUGCGCUAUACAGCAAACGCAUGGUGAAGCGAGGCAUCGACGCGGACGGCAAUUACAACAUCUCCUUCUUCCACAUCAACGACGUACAUGCGCAUCUUGACGAGUUCAGCUCUUCCGGAACCGAUUGCACACGACCGGAGCGAGGCUGUUAUGGUGGUUAUGCGCGCGUGAAGACAGUCAUCGAGGAGCAACGCCCAAACCACGAGGAUAGUCUUUGGCUGAAUGCCGGUGAUGAAUUUCAAGGCACAUUGUUCUAUGGCUACUACGGCGGCGAGAAGAUCGCCGAGACUUUGAACCAGCUUGGAUUUGAUGCCAUGACCCUGGGUAACCAUGAGUUCGACGGCGGUGACGCGAAGCUAGGAGAAUUCUUGGUCAAUCUCACGUUUCCUAUCGUCAGCGCGAACGUGCAUUCGCAGGAUGAGAACGUCAACAAAACCGUCAAGCCCUACACUAUCUUCGAGGAGCACGGCUUGGCAUUGAUCGGUGUCACCGCGGAAGAGACUGGUAGUCUCAGUAACGCCGAUGCUACUACAGUCUUCUCCAAUACCGUUGAGGCCGUCCAAGGCGCCAUUGAUGAGAUCAAGGCCACUACCAAUAUCACCAGGAUUGCUGCUCUUACUCACAUUGGCUACGACAAGGACCAAGAGUUAGCCAAAGCCACCACUGGUCUUCAGCUCAUCAUGGGUGGCCACAGCCACACCCUUCUUGGCGACAUGGAAGACGCUGAGGGCAAAUACCCUACUAUUGUCGAGAACCAGGACGGUGAUGAGGUCUUCAUCGUUACCGCCUACCGUUGGGGCGAGUACGUAGGCUACAUUGACGUCACAUACGACCCUCAGGGCAAGAUCCUUGCUUACAAUGGCGCUCCGAUCCACCUUACCAAUACUACCGAACAGGACGAGGACCUUCAAGCACAGGUUGAGGAGUGGCGCGUUCCAUUUGAGGAGUUCGCUGCUGAGGUUCUCGGUACCAGCGAGGUCGAACUGGACCAGACUACCUGCCAGCAGCAGGAGUGCCUACUUGGUGACUUCAUGGCCGAUGCUAUGCUCGCUUACCGCAAAAACAACACCGACGAUGUUGACUUUGCUCUCAUCAACGCUGGUGGUAUCCGUGCUACCAUUGACCAAGGUGACAUUACCCGCGGCGAGGUCUUGACUUCUUUCCCUUUCGGCAACGCCAUUGUUCAAGUCGCCAUUGACGGAAAGACUCUUUGGGAAUCUCUCGAGGGUAUCGUAACCGGUGUUAACGUAGGAAAUGGUCGAGAGGUCACGUCAUUCUUCCAGAUCAGCACUGGCAUCAAGGUCGAAUAUAACCCGGAGAACGACAACAACACCAAGCUCAUCGCUGUAACCAUUGGCGACGAGCCUCUCAACAACGACACCACCUACCAGAUGGUCACUCUUGACUUCAUCGCUGGUGGAGGUGACAACUUCUUCGAGCCAUCAACCGAUUUCAUUACCCUGGAUACUCAAGAUGAAGUCCUUACCUCGUACAUUUUGAGCCAGACCCCAGUCAACAUCGAGCUCGACGGACGUAUUGAGGAGGUCGAUGGCCAGAGGGAGAACACGCCUGGCGCUGGCAAUGGCACUAGCAACGGUACUUCACCGACGACUGGUGCACCGCCUCAACAAACCACCAAUGCAGCUGCGCGUCUCGGUCAAGGCACCGUUGGUGCCAGCGUUUUUGGUGUUCUUGCCGCCCUAUUCAUGUUCUAA